AUGGAUACUGACACUUUCAACACUAGUACAGAGUUCAUCUUGGUGGGACUCUCUAAUGACCGCAAGACACAGAUUCUACUCUUUGUGGUCAUUCUCCUCAUCUAUAUAUUUACCCUUGUGGGGAAUGCAGGGAUCAUCAUAUUGGUACGGACAGACUCCCACCUUCACACACCCAUGUACUUCUUCCUUACGCAACUCUCAAGUAUGGAGAUCUGCUAUGUCAACAGCACCAUCCCCCAGAUCCUUGCUCACCUUCUAGACGGUCAUGCAGGUUUGUCUUUAAUCCAUUGUGCAUUGCAGAUGUACACAACUUUGGCCCUGGCUACUGCUGAAGCACUUCUACUAGCCGUCAUGGCCUAUGACCGCUACUUAGCCAUCUGCCGUCCCCUGGUAUAUGCCAUUGCCAUGGGAAGGCGGCACCAGGUCCAGCUUGCCUCAGCCUGCUGGAUAGGUGGGCUUUGUGGUGCCGUAGUAGGUGUAAGCCUCACCUUUAGCCACCCGUUCUGUGGCCCUUGCUGCAUCAACCAUGUUAUCUGUGAGAUACCAAUGGUGUUGAGACUCGCAUGCAAUGACACCCAUAUUACGGAAACCAUCAUUUUUGUGUUCGUGGCAAUGGUCAUUUUUUGCCCUGUUUCAAUUAUCUUGAGUUCUUAUGGACUCAUUCUGUUGUCUUUGUUCCAAAUGCAGUCAGCUAGUGGAUUGUGCAAGGCCUUCUCUACAUGCAGCUCUCAUUUAGCAGUGGUCAUCAUGUUUUAUGCCCCUGCCACUUUUGUAUAUAUUGUUCCACGGACAGGAGCAUCUCUUGAUGAUGACAAGCGGGUUGCUCUGUUUUACAUUGUCAUUACCCCACUUCUGAACCCUAUCAUAUACACUCUGCGGAACAAGGACGUCCAUGCGGCGAUGGCCAAAGUGAUACAUAAAUGGGGCUUAAGAUAA